AUGGUGGAUGGGAAUGAGUCCUCAGUAACUGAUUUCAUCCUUGUGGGACUCUUUCCUGAGUUUUGGAAUUCCAUGAUUCUCAACUCCAUGAUUGUCUUCAUCUACAUUCUUGCCUUCCUGGGAAACAUGCUUCUGAUCGUCCUGAUUUGGGAGGACUCCCGGCUCCACACGCCCAUGUACAUACUCCUCAGUCAGCUCUCCCUCAUUGACUUGACAUUAACUUCCACCAUUGUUCCAAAAAUGGCCUCUAACUUUUUCACAGGGAAAAGGACCAUAUCAUGGAUUGGCUGUGGGAUCCAGAGUUUCUUCUUCCUUAUGUUGGGAAUGUCUGAGUGCCUCAUCUUGACUCUCAUGGCUUAUGACCGCUACAUGGCCGUCUGCAGCCCCCUGCGCUAUCCCACUAUCAUGAGUCCCAGGUUCUGUCUCCAGAUGGUUGCUGGAUGUUGGACUGGAGGCUCUAUAAGUUCGCUUAUCCAUACAAUCUACCCUAUGCAUUUUCCCAUCUGUGGGUCAAGGGAGAUCCACCACUUCUUCUGUGAGGUCCCAGUCCUCAUUAAGCUCUCCUGCAAGGACACUUCAGUGUAUCAGUUAGUGGUGGUGGUGACAAGUAUUGUGCUGCUGGUUCUGCCUUUCAGCCUCAUCACAGCUUCUUAUACUCUCAUCUUUCUCACUGUCCUUCGUAUGAACUCUGUCAAGGGCAGGAAAAAAAUCCUGGCAACCUGCUCUUCCCACCUAACUGUGGUGAGUCUCUUUUUUGGCCCAAACAUAUUCAUUUACAUGACUUUCACUUCUUCGCAUAGUCCAGAGCAGGACCAGGCUCUCUCUGUUUUCAGUAACAUCCUCACCCCAUUGCUGAAUCCCCUCAUCUACAGCCUAAGGAACAAGGAGGUGGUGGCAGCUCUCAGGAAGCUGAUGGGGAGAUCUGUGGCAUCUUAG